CGUUACAUUGAUUCGGCUUGACGUCGUUCACCCUUCCCGAGAAACUCUCAGGGCUUCUGCCGGGUCAUCAGCUUGUUCCAUUGUCAUGGGGAGGCACCAUACCAGACCACAGCCACAGCCAUACACCUUCAUUCCGUCUGAAAACCAAGCCAGCCAGCCUAGUCUGCCGGGCCAAGAAUCAUUGGUGAAUGGAUACUCUUCAACAAGAUACGUUACAAAUUGGUGCAUCUGAUGAACGAUUCUUCAAUCAUUUUAACGACUUCACGAGCCAUCAGACUUUUCAACAUCAAUGGACGCAACUUAUGUUCCAGAAUCUGCAGCAGAUGCGACUGCAGCAAUCAACAGAGCAUGAGGGAAGCUAUUCAUCCCAAGUCGUGACCCCUUUGGCCUUGACCUCAGAUACUGAGGCCUCUCAGUUGACCGAGAAUCGACAAUACUCCCCUUCGAAACAGAGUAGCCCGCGGUGGCUGAACUCUUCCGUUAACAACCACACAGAACCACUUUCAUCAUCGAAAACCUCUCUCCUAUCGUCGCCUAGCAGUAUUAUUUCAUCGGCUACUGAGCCCCCCACCCUUAACCCGGCCAAGAAGACGGAAACCCUGCCUCCAGGAAAAACUGGGCUGCUGAAGCGCCGUAGGGGUCGGCCAAGAUUCUCGGAUACUGGCAUGCGCAACACACGUACGGUAGCAUUGACGGCAGCCAAGGAAAAACAAAAGGCUCCCCAAUACACGUUGGCCGAUCAGAUGAAUGGCGUCGACAACUUCAGACACGAGCACGGCGAUAUCGACCAGAAAAUGAACCGUACGCGUUCGCGGAACCGCAAAGCCGCAUACAAGUCUCGGCAGAAGAAGCAGAAAGAAACCGAGGAGUUGCAAUUGCGGGCGGCUGAGUUAGAAACUGUCAACAAAAAUCGUAAUAGCGAGGCGGCAAUGCUGCGCGGCGAGAUUCUGGUGCUCAAGAACAUGAUCCUCCAGCACAGCGGAUGCGAGUGCUCAUACAUCGAUGAGUACAUUUCUAAUACGACGCGGCAACUAGUAGAGUCAACAAUAGCGGUGACUGCUUCUGCCGUUGGUGUAAGCCAAAGCCAAUAUAAUCAGCCUGGCACCAAGGGGCCAGGUGGGGAGCGGUACUUGGACACUAUGAUAUUGGAUAUGGAUCCUGAUACGGGUGUCCUCGUUGGGGUCUGAAAUCAGUUGAUGAUGCUUCUUUUGCAAGUAUGACGGCGGUAACUUGGGCGUGCACGGGUCAAGUCGAGGGCCUUGUGCCGUUCUAGAAUAGAUCUAAGUUCCUAGGGUCGGAGUUUUCGGAACUUGCGGCACCGCAAUAGGACGCUUAAUACCAUUUGUCGGUCUUGGUGUGCGUCGGAAGAAGGUUCUGGAUCUAAGUAUCCCAUCGAGUGCUGACUGACCGACCCCAUUUUUGCCAAGGCUCAAAAUACCCAUUUUUACCCCAAAAACGCCGAUAUAUAGUUAUUUAAUUGGACAAAUAUUUCUAGU